CGUUUUUAACUCUCUUCACUUCACGCUCUCUCCACCCUUCAGAAACCAGAAUCAAAGCACACAAAAACUCAAAAUUAAAGUAAAACUUAAAAAAGAAAAGAUGGGAGAGAGCGCGAGAAAUAGUACGCGGGUAGCAGAAACUGAGAUUCCGGAAUCCUCGAUCACAAGUUUCUCAAAGAAAAUGAAUUUUGAUUUCGAAGAGUUUAACUCACCUUCGUUGAAUUUGAAGCUCCAACCUCAUCGUUGCGCCGAUAUGUCGCCGCAGAAAGUGGUUCCACCGGGAAAUUCUUCGAAUCCCAGUGGCGUUCUAACCGGAUUUUCCAGCUGCGGCGACUCUCCAGUACUUUCCUGCUGCUCCAGCAAUGCACCGGUCCAGGUUGUGAAGGAUAGCUUGAGGUUUCUAGAUCUAGAGGCGAAGAGUCCCGAAACGGAAAGCUCAACGUGCAAUGACAGGAAAUUCAGCAGAGAAACCACUCCUUCAAGCGAGUUUCACGGCAGCAGUACCGAUCACAUGGACACACCGGCAGCUAUAGAGAAGAAGGAAAGUCUUCGCCCGAGAGAUUCACCGGCGGUGAAAAUGCCGAGUCAGGCGGAGAUCGACGCGUUUUUCACGGGGGCAGAGAGAGAGGAGCAGAGAAGAUUUGCGGAGAAGUACAACUAUGAUGUUGUGAUGGAUUUGCCAAUGGAGGGUCGCUACCAGUGGAUUUGCUUGAAGCCAUAGAGGAUCGAUAAGGGAGUUACAGGGGUAGUAGCCUUCGUCUAGCACGUGACCAUUGAAAUUGCCAAUUUCAGGGAAGGUUGUCUGGUUUGCUGCUGUACAGUUUCUUUUUUCUUUCGUGGAGGUCUCGCAUUAUUUAUAUAAUAUCUGACGCCCGAUACUAUACAUUGAUCGAAACGAGGUUCUUGAAUAAAAUUCCCAGGACUUUGAGUGGCGGGCGGGUACGGUAGCAAUUCUGGCGGUUGUUUUUUGGACUUGCAGGCAUGGGAUGGGUUUUAUUUUGUUCUUGUAUUGGGGAAAAAGUAUUUUUUUGUUUGAGCUUUAGGCUUGGCUGUUUAUGGAUGUUCUCUUUUUUGUUAGUUUUUUCAGAGAAGGCUUUUUUUUUUUUA